UAUUUUUUAAAGGAAAUAAGCCUACAUUACUUACUAUUAAGACUACAGGCCUUUUUAGCUUGUUAUAAAAUAAAUAAUAAAAAUAUAGACUUCUAGAUCUAGAAUCUAGAACUUAACAAGAGUAGUAAAACCAGUAGAUCUAGAUCUACAUUGAUAAAAAGUAUACGGACAAGUAGAUCUACUAUUAACAUGUCUAAAGAUGAUUGUAUUGUUGUCGAGGGAAAGAAAAAGAGGCUGUUAAAACCUGAUUUGUGCCCUGGAAUUGUCGAUCUUAAGAAACAUAAGCACUCGCAGGAUUUAAAAGUUGAUCUGAAACCAUUCAUUUCUGAAGAGGAUGAAGCUAUGGAAAGAGAUCCCCUUGUUGACCUUGCUUCAUUUCAAGCAUCUUGCACUUUUCUGAAAACUGCAAUUAGAGAUAUCAAAGAAAUCAAAACUAAAAAACUGGAUAUGUCAUCCUCUGAAAUAGAUUCAAUUCGAACAGAUGCUACCAUACAUUUUAUUCACAUGAAAAAACUAAACAGACUUGCUCAUUUUCGUUGUCGAAAAGUAAGAGAAAACACCAACGAGGCAAAGCACAAAAUAGAUCAGUGUCAUUUACAGCUGCAAAAUCUCUUGUAUGAAGCAAUGCAUUUAGAAAAAGAGAUUACCAAGUGUAUGGAGUUUAAGUCAAAAGAUGAAGAGGUGGAACUAGUUAAAGUUGAAGAAUUUUAUAAGGAUGCUCCUAUAUCAAUUUCUAAUCCGAACGUUACUAAGGAAGAUGCUCAUCUUCAGAUGUUAGCACGACUUGAAUGGGAGCUAGAACAAAGAAAGCAACUAGCCAUAAAGCUGACAGAUACAAAGAGCAAUAAAGAGCAGAUAAGCCAAGAAAUCCAAGCUAAACAUGAUUACCUAGAAACCUUACAACCAAAGCUUUCUGCUAUACUUCAUGCUACAAGACCUGUACAAGAUUAUUUGUCAAUGCCAUAUGAUGCCAUUAAAGAAGAACAUCAAAAAGCACAACACCUGCCUGUUCCCCUUUAUAUUCUGUACAUGCAGACUUCAGCAUAUAAAGAUGCUUGUGACAAAUUUAUAAAAGUUGUAAUUCAAGGAGAUGUUGAUGCUGCACAGUCUCAGUUGAUGUGGACAUUUGAACCUGAUGAAGACUCUGAUAGUGACAUGGAAGAUCAAGAAAAACAAGAUGUUAAACGACGUAGAAAUACAUCAGAAAUGCGUAAUGAAGAAAAAAAGAACAGAGUACUAAAGAAACACCCUCUCUCUGUAGCAGUGGACAUUAAUAGUGAUGAUGGAACUGAACUUCAGCUCACCUUUUAUUACCUCUUGGCUUUAAAUAUAAUAACAGUAAAUGUCAAGGUAACACCAGGGGCAAAGGUUAUGACAAGUUCAUCAACAGGAAGUGAUCUGAUGUCCCCUGAUAUGAUUUUAGAUGAACUUUAUCCUGGAGACCAUGGCAAUGAGUCACCCAAUUUAGCUAACCAUUAUGAAUUAAAGCGACAUGGUUUGCAGGAACUGGAUUCCUACAUCUCUUUGAUAGGCAGACCAUAUCUUUGGUGUCAGUGGAUGGGAGGUCUUCAAUUCCUUAAAAAAGAUCUUAAUAAUUCAGAGGAAUUAGCAACUGAGGAUGAAAGUGCUGGUAUUGUUAAACUGUCACAAGUGCGAGCUCAGCACUCUGUAAGCUCUGCCAACAUGCAAAAAACUAUAACUUUACUAAAAGAACGAGUAAAUGCAAGAGUAUGUCUUCUUCAACAGCUUUCUUCUCUAGAGAGAAAUAUCAUACCAGUAUCAUCUGCAUCAGUUAAGAUGUUCCCUACAAAAAUAAAUGCUCAGUUGACAUCAUGGCGUCGCUCCAGCUUUGUUGAUCUAAAAUCUUUACCACAAGCUGAGAGAUUUAUUAAAGCAGGCUUAGUACAUUCAACAGAUUUUAUCUUUAUGGCCACUAUUGACAGAGGAUCAGCCAAAAUGACAGCUUUUGUUGUUCUAACUUCUGAUAGCCCUAAAGUGGCACCUCUCAUUAUUGUUGACAUUAUGUGGCAGUCUCGGCGUACAGCACUAACAGAUAUAUAUGUGAUGGAAAUGGAGGAAGAAGUAAAUGUUCAUUAUCAAGAGCUGCUGAAUGGUAAUGUAAAAGACCAACUUCUCCCCAAUCAACUUCAAAGAUUGUUGAUGUGUUUUGAUGUUUAUUUAGAAACAGAUAUCCCAGCCUCAUCACUAGUGCCUAUUGAAAUUCCUAAAGAGAAGAUGAUGCCCAGAACCAGCAGGGGACCUGCUAGAUCAAAGCCUUUCAAAUAUGUGCCAGAAUUGGGUAUUUUUACUCAUAGAUGCUUCACCUAAGUGUUUUAAUAAACUGAUUAUUUUUUAAUAUCAGUUAUUAUUCUAGCCAUAAAUGUUACAAAACUGUAAAUAAAUAAAUACCAACAAGCUUCCAGCUUUUUAAAAUCUCAUAAUAAUUUAAUAAUUAGAUAUUUUAAGCUACAAUUCAUCAACUGAGUUUAUAAUUUGUAUUAUUUAGCUGAAAUUGUAAUUUUGAUGACACAUUUUUUAAGGAACUGGUUCUUUGUACUCUUGGUAAAGCUAAGUACAACUGGUAUUAUGAUCUAGCAGUUAAAAUAGUAUCCAUAAAUUUAAAAAUGUUUUAAAUGUAUGUAUUUAUGGCAGGCUAGGUCUACAUAUUCUCUAUUUUAAUUAAAAUGACUUUGUAUUAAAUCUAUAUUUUUUCAUGGGUGUAGAGCAGCGGUUUUUAAACUGGGUUCCAUUGAACCCCUAGGGUUUAGUGAGUCAAUCUCAUGGGUUUUGCAGAGGUCAAGAAUCACACCCAACUCCUAUGCUUCAUGUGGAUUAUAGAACAAUAAAGAAGGGUUCGGUGAAUGGGCAUAUGAAACUGGUGGGAUUUCGUGCCUCCAAAACGUUAAAGAACCACUGAUGUAAAGGGACCAUAGAAAUUAAUUUUAGAUCUGAAAUAAAUGCUAGUUUUUGCCAUUUGAGGAAAAAGAAAUGGGCUCUAAUCAAUUGUUGCUAAUGUUUAUUGACACAGUAACCAAAAAAUUGGGCAAUGUAAAAUUGUGCAAACAGAAAAUUUCUCUGAGCAUUUUUCUGUAUGCAGACUUUGUAUUUUUACUCUAUACUCAAUUUUCAGUUACACAUUUAAUGAUUUUUUUGGAAUCAGUAAACACAACUUACAUAAAUUACUUUAAGUAACAGAAUUUUUUAUGAGUUGAUCAGCUCUCUCGGUUUUAUGCUAGUAAUUGAAGAGGGUUAAGAGCAUUAUUUCUGCAGUGCCCAUAGGAAUCUUAAGUUUGGACUUGCUUUAGAAGUAACUUCACUUACUGUG